AGAAAAAAGAGAGAGAGAGAGAGAACCCGACUUGGGGAUUAAGUCAGUUCUUCUUCUUCUAAUCAGUAGCCAUCACCGUGAUCUGGGAUUGUUAGUCGCGUAUCUCUCAGCUCAGAGAUUCUUUUCUUCCCAUACAAGUUUCGAAUCCUACCGCGAUGGAUCUCAAUCUCGAUGCGCCGCACUCUAUGGGAACGACCAUCAUCGGCGUCACUUACAACGGAGGCGUCGUCCUCGGAGCCGACUCACGUACCAGCACCGGCAUGUACGUAGCGAAUCGAGCUUCAGAUAAGAUCACACAACUCACUGACAAUGUCUACGUCUGCCGUUCUGGAUCGGCUGCUGAUUCUCAGGUUGUUUCUGACUACGUCCGUUACUUCCUUCACCAGCAUACAAUUCAGCUGGGACAGCCUGCGACUGUAAAGGUUUCUGCCAACCUCAUUAGGAUGCUCGCUUACAAUAACAAGAACAUGCUGCAAACUGGCCUCAUAGUUGGUGGCUGGGAUAAGUAUGAAGGCGGGAAGAUCUACGGGAUUCCACUUGGUGGAACUGUUGUGGAGCAACCGUUUGCUAUUGGAGGCUCUGGCUCGAGUUACCUUUACGGGUUCUUUGAUCAGGCCUGGAAAGAAAACAUGACCAAAGAAGAAGCUGAGCAACUUGUUGUGAAGGCGGUUUCACUAGCCAUCGCCCGUGAUGGAGCCAGUGGAGGAGUCGUACGAACUGUCAUUAUAAACUCAGAGGGAGUGACCAGAAACUUCUACCCUGGGGAUAAGUUGCAGCUUUGGCAUGAGGAGUUGGAGCCUCAGAACUCCUUGUUAGACAUCCUCAACGCUGCUGGUCCUGAACCAAUGGCCAUGUGAUGCAACAAACAAUGGUCAUUCUCUCUCUCUGUGAAACAAACGUUUUAGAUGUUUCUUUACAUUUACCGAUGUCUUUAAACUCUAUUUGAGGUUUUUCUGGUUUGACCCGAUAUGUUAAAUGGAUAUCAUGUUUGUUUAUGGUUAUGGUUUUAAUUCCCUGUCCUGAAAUUGAAUAAGUAGAAACGUUGCCAUC